CGAGGCGAGGGCCGGCUACAGUUACAAUUAGCCUACAAAAUCCAACUAGAAUUAGAUUUUGGAUAGGUUUUGCUGUUCAAUAUUGGAUUUUUACUAUAGUAGAAUAAAGUGUACAUUUUUCCUUUGAGGGCUCAGCCGUGAUUUCCCUUCUUGUAUAUACUUAGCCAACAUUGAUUUGCUGUUUGUUCAAAGACCUGAGCCCCCUACUUUUUAUCUACAUUCAUGUGUUAACUAGCUCACUGACAUUUAAUAAAGCCAGUGCUGUUGGACAGAUGCAAGCUGAAUCAAACUGAAACAAGACAAUAAAUAGAAACAAUAAACAGUAAAGAUAUAUAUUCCGAGUUGCUGAUAAACUUUGUUAAAAUGGAAUAAGAACAUUUGUUUGUAAACUAUUUCCAUUCAACCAGAGAAUUCAUCUUAUAAUGUACACAUCUGCGAUGUACCAACCGCAAAUGAUGAUACAGAUGACUGAAGACCAGUUACGACAGCAUUGUCCGAUGAAAGAGCGAAGUGACAAUACCGUUCACUGUUUGAAGAAUGAUACACCUCAGCAUAUGUAUGUUAAUGUUGGUCAACAUUAUUAUAUGUAUAACAACAAGCAAAACAACAAAAAACACAACUGGAUGCCAAACAAUUGCUACAACAACCCAAGGUUAUCAGGUCAGAUACAGGAGCCGCUGUGUCCUCCUCGUCCCCCUUCUCAGGACUCCCAAACUGAUAGCUCUUCUGAAGAAUUGAACUACCUGUCUAGCAAAGGAGUCAAACGACAUUGUGAACUCAAUGGAUCCCAUCCCCAGAUGGUGCGCUCGUGCAUGCCUUAUACUCAUGGUUACAACAACCAUGGAUACCAACCUAACCACAAGCGACGACACCCGGUUGCUCUGCCUCACAUGCGGCGUCACAAGCACCUCCCCGGCGGCAACAACAACUAUGAUACUGUACCCGACCGUUACCUGAAUCGCAGUGAUUCCGUCCAAGUGACAAUGACUCCCUCAGACUUGGUAGGGGGAAAUGAAUGGGAUCAGCUGUCAACAGAGAUAUGGAAAAAGUUCAUGAAUUGUCAACAGACGUCGGAAAACUACCUCAAGAAGAUGCAUUUGUUCAAGCAGCUCUACAUAAACAUCAAGAGGCAACUGGGCUACAGCAUGUUCAUCGUUGGCUCCACGUUCAAUGGGUUCGGCGGCAACAGCAGUGAUCUCGACUUGUGUCUAGUCAUUAAAAGCCAAUUCUUCCUCGACCCUCGAGCAGAUGCACUAAUGCACCUCAACAAUGUCAAGGACAUCAUUUUUGACAUCAAUCACAAGGAGCCAGACGUGUGCUCAUUUCAGAACAUUGAGAUGAUUGAUGCCAAAGUGCCCCUGCUCAAGUUCCGACACUGCACUGGCAUCGAUGUUGACAUCAAUUGCAACAACCCCGUCGGCAUCCUCAACACCCAUCUACUCCAUUGCUAUUCUCAGGCUGAUUGGAGGGUGCAGCCGCUGGUGUUGCUGGUGAAGCUGUGGGCUCAGAGUCACCAGAUAAACGAUGCCAAGAACUGCACCAUAUCUUCCUACUCGCUCGCUCUCAUGGUGAUACACUUCCUGCAGUGUGGUGUGAAGCCAGCCGUGUUGCCAUGUCUGCACAAAGAGUAUCCUCAUAAGUUCCGGGAGAACCGAGAGAUCCACGAUGUGAUCAUCUUAGAAAAGCUGGACUUGCCUCCCUCAGAGAACACUCAGCCUCUUGGCCAACUGUUGCUGCAGUUCUUCCAAUACUACUGUGACUUUGAGUUUGCUGACAAGGCCAUCUCCGUGCGAAGCGGUACCAUUUUGCCCAAAGUAACUUGCCAACGUUUUCUGAGCCCCAAGAACGAACCUAGAGCCUGGUCCUGGCUUAACAUUGAAGAGCCCUUCGACCAUACAAACACGGCAAGAGCAGUAUACAAUGAGGAGAAAUUCCGCUACAUAGUGGCGGUGUUUAGAGCUUCAUGUCAGGCCUUGCAGGAGUCCCACACUCUCGACUCCAUCUUCCACGUGGCCAUUCCAUCCACGUGACCUCGAUACUUUAAGACUGAAUUUUUGAAUUAGGCUGUGAAGAUGUUACAGAGUGACAUAUCGUUUGUUAUUGUACAGUAUAGCUAAAAAAAAACUAAACUAACGGUUACCCAGCUGAAGUGGUCCAUGAGGGGCCAUACAAAAAUAAAAGAAAAAACCAAAAAUGUACAAAAAAAAUUCAAAAAAAAAAUGUACAAAAAAAUUCAAAAAUGUUGGAAAAUCCACUUGGAGAACUUUUAAUGAAAAAAAUUGACACAUGACCCUCGAUUGGGUAUGAGUUAGGCAUGUUCGCCGAGUUAAUGUUUGAAUUGUAAUUGGAAACUAGAUUUUGUGUUUACAUGAAUUUCUUUCCCCGAUUCAAGUUUAAAAGACUUUUAAGUUUUUACUUUUACUCUAUUUUAUAUUUUAUUUAUGUUGUAUGUUAUAUUUUAAUACCCGGUUUACUGCAUAUAGUUCUCGUAUUUUGUAUAUUUAUAUGUGAAAGGUGUGUACUUAAGUUGAACAAGUUUUAUCAAAGAUUUUUUCAAAAAUAGUGAAGGAAGUUUUUUUUGUUUAACAAAUCUGCUCAGGUUAAAAGAAUGAAAUUCAGCAUGUGAAGGAUUUUAAGAGGAUUGUGAUAGUAGGUAAGACCAUGUGUUCCGGGCAAAAAAAUGGCAUAGAAAUUGUUUUUAUUUAACUUAAAAAGAAAUUCUUUCUUGUAGCAGCACAGAUUUUUGUAAAUAUCUGUAAUCUAUUUUGUGUGCUCUCAUGUUCUUGCUGAAAAUUAGUAAACUACCCCUUUGUAUUAGUUAGUAAAAUUAAAUUUAUUCCUAACUUUAUGAAAACAUUAUUUUAAUUGUUGUAAUCGCUUUGAUUCUUUUCUUGGCAUAAAUAAAGCUUUUUGUAAUGUAUUGGUGAUAUAAUUUCAAAAUAAACGGAUAAGACGUAGGUUUACUGAAAUGCUAGGCCCUAUUAAUAAUUUAGUUAGUUACCAAAAAGGUAUUGUAGAUUUGAAGUCACAUUUAAAAUUAAAAUAAAUUCUCAAGUGAAGCGAGAGAUUUCUUUUGCAAAUUGUGGUUGUAAAAUAUAAAAAGUGAUCCACCUCGUGCAAUACUAAAGAAGGAACAUACUUUUAUUGACCAAACUCAUAAUGAAUCUAUUUAGUAACAUGUGAUUAUGUUACCUAAAUCUAAUCCCCUUAGAUGAUGCUCAGAUGUUAUUUUUUGUUUUUUAAAUACUCUUCGGUAUGUGAAAGUCCUCUCAGUAAAGAGUGUUGAUGGCAAUUGACCGCUACACUAUUUAAAAAUAAUAUUAUUUUUACUGCAUGAUAUGUGUAAAAUACACAAAGAUUGUACACAUCAAGCAGGCUCGAUAAUUUCCAACAAUAUUUUAUAUUUAUAAAAUGUAUAAUGAAACACCACAUUUUUUUAUCUCAUCUAAAUUUAUUAAAUAAAGGCAGUUGGCUCAGAAGUGUAUCUCAACUAUCCAUAUAAAAAUCCCAAAGUACCCAUGAACCUUUUAGAAAACUUAAAAGUCACACACCCAUAAACUUAAAAUUUUCGUAAUGAUGAGAAACCUGGUGCCAAACUGUCCAUUAUAUCAUAAAUUGCCCUUAAGGGCUGUAAUUCCUUUCUAAAGGGAACUUUCAAUGUUUAUGGCAUGGGCA